ACCAGCUCGGGCACCGCUUCGGGCGAGGCGGCGGCGGCGGCGGCGGCGCUGACGUCUGCUGCGGGGCUGGCGCGCACGGACUCGGGCCGCACCAACACCACCGACGUCAGCGAGACGUCCACUACCACCGAGGACUACGUGACGGCCAACGAGAACAACUCGGGCACGGACACGUCGUGCUCGCGGCCCAGCGGCACGGCGCCGCCGCCGCCCCACGCGGGGGACGCGGCCAGGAGGAGGAGGCGCGCGGUGGCAGGUGGCGUGUCCCCCGACGCAGCCGCCGCCGCCGCCGGCGCCGCCCACCCGCCCGGCGGCCCGCCGCAGCCCAGGGGAGACGCCGGGUCGUCGUUCGAGAGCGGAUCGUCCGUGUACAGCUUCGCCAGGGAUAUGGGCUCCGAGGACAUUCCGACGGCGGCGUCGCCGCCACCCAUCCUGGAAGAGGACGGCGGGGAGCCGUUUCCUACGAAGGCGGGGGAGUCGGCGGCGGCGACGGGAGCGGGAGCGGAGGCGGCAGCGGGGGCGGCGGCGGGGGCCAGAACCACCCCGCGGGGCAGCGGGGACCUCACGGCCGCCGCCCGCGGCGCCGCCUCCCCCAGCGGGGACAGCAGCAGCAGCUCCGGCAGUUACAGCAUCGGCGGCAGCACGGAGGACGUGGAGCGCGACGCGGCGCCGCGGGCGCCGACGGCCACCUCCCCGCCCUCCGAGGGAGAGCGCUCGGGCCGCUGCUCCUCCUCGGGCUACUACGAGUCGCCCGUCGACGAGGACGACGACGACGCCGACGGGUGA